AUGGACGACCUCGCACAACAGGCCGAGCAGGACGUUGCCCUCGCUACCGCGGCCGCCGCCGCCGCGGCCCAGCUCGGGCUCGCCGACCUUCAGCCUGCUCCCCACCAGCAACACCAUUUCCACCACAACCUUCAGCAACCCGACUUCAGUCACACCCACAAGGAUGAUGGCACCGAGCACCACCACCACCACCACCACCAGGAUGUCGUGGAUGUCCACGCCCUCGAGAUCCCCGUGGAAGGCCCGGACGAUGUGGGCCUUCACGCUCAGGACACCGACCUCGACCUCAGUUUAGGCAUGGGCAGCCCACAUGUUGACACUCCGCCUCGCGCCUCGUUUGGACGCCCGCCUAGCAUCCGUAAAGCGUGCGACCUAUGCCAUGCUGCCAAGCAGCGCCGGAGGACAGUCCCCAAGGACCAGAAGCUCGCCAACGCUUUGGAGCAGCGCUCGCACCUGUCGUCCAUGUCGGGUCUGGCCGGCAAGAAGCGCAAGCUGCAACGGGAUAGCAUCGGCGGACUCGGGACCGACACGAUGGACAUGCGUAUGGCCAUGGGCAUGGCUAUGGACCUUGGUCUUGCCGAGGAGGACGAUGACGACCAGAUGUUGACAAUGAGCGAUGACCAGAUGCUCGAGGCUAUUGCUAUUGACGGCUACCUCGCCGACCUGCCGCUGGCGACGUUUGUCCACAACUUGCCAUACAACUCAAGCCAGGGCAACAACAGUGGUCCCUUUGGCACUGGCGACUUUCCCGACACUGGCGAUGGAAACUACUCUUCUGAGAUGGACCAACACACCACGUCGGCCCUUCGUGAUGCCAUUUUCUCGCUCAACGAAUCAAGCGGCACUGCCCCAGUUGAAGGUCCCCCCGACGGGCAGGACCCCACCGCCGACCACGGCAUGGACGGUAUGGACCAGCAGGGGCUUGACCCCCAUCUCGCCCUGCUCGACCUGUCUCACGCCAUGCCCGUCGAGGACGGUACUCAGAACCCCGAUGGUAGCGACCUGAACCUCGGCAGCCUUGGCGGUUCAACCUACCAGGCUCCGUGUGCACACGUUGCCCUUGUUCCUCGGGUUCUUGCUCUUCUCACUCAGCACCCCUUGGAGCCCAAGCCUGGAUCCAACACACCGCUCAACAUGUACAUCUUCCCUCCUCUGGCGCGUUCCCUCCGCCUAUUCCACUCGGUCACCCAGUGCACCCACUGCUCGGCCUCACCACAACAGACGCUGCCACAGCUCGCAUUGUUGUCUCGCACGACCACAAUACUCACUUUUCCCUGCCCGCCACCGCCUCCCAACGCUGCCGGCCAGCCUUCGGCCCAGAUCACCGUCCACGGUGCCCGCCUCUCUGGCACUGGGAUUUCGGAGGCGAUCGAAUCGCACAUUGUCGGUGUCGUAUGGGACUCGUGGCGCGCAAGUGUCCGUGAGAUUUUCAACGCGUUCGAGCGCAAGGCGCAAGAGGUCAUCCAACAAAACGCGCAGCUUGCCGCCGAGUCCGGUGGCCAGCCGCCUCCUUCAAGUGCCGAGACUCAGCGUGCGGGCCUCAUGUUCCAGGCCAUGUCGCGUCUGGUAUCGGCCAUGAACGAAGUGGAGCGCGAUUAG